CAAUUCUGAUUAGACUUACAUUGUACAUUGGUUACAUUGCCUCCAUCGUCCCUCUCUCCUCAGCCCCCUCCCCGCCCACUUAAAGCUAUUGCAAGAGGUUUCUAUGUUCUGUUUCCUGUAAGUAUAUGUAGUCCAUCUACCAUAUUCCCUCACCUAAUCUCCUUCAUUCACCUGCCCCCUUCCACUAGUACCCCCUCACCUAUUUUACAGUUCUGUCUUUCAUUAGUAAUAUUUAAGUUCAAAGGGAUUUUUCAGUGUAUGCCCACUGUGAGUCUAUGUUCAACCCCCUCUAUUACUCUCCCUUACCCCUUUAUCUCCCACCCCUCAUUUUUACAGAACUUUUAAUACAUAUCCUUACAUCCUCUACCUUCACAGAUGUUGUUUCACGAUAUUACUGAUUCUCUAUCGUUCUCUUUUCCUUUCCCUCUUUGAGCUAGUGGUUGCUGAGUUACCCUGCUUUAUCGAGUAAUACAUGUUUUCAAAACAUAAUACCAUGUAGAUUCCUCAUUUAGCAUUCAAUAAAAACAUUGCUUGUGAUCAGUUCUCUAGAAAGUUGGACAUUGGUUUCUUGGUCAGGAAUAUAAUAUCCUUUUACUAUUUUUUAAGCAGAUUAAGUUUAAUAUGCAUUUCAUUUCACCUGCAAUAGCUUCCUCAGGUAUAAUGGGAUCAGGAGUGUCUGGCAUUAAUGUUUCAGUAUUGUAUUUCUAGAGAUGGGUUAACAAACUGGACUGGGACGUAGUCUACAGACUGAUAAGGUGAAUGCUGACUGAGUUGAACAUUUACCAGUGCUGCCACAUUGCCAGCACUCCUCCACUGCUACUCCAGCCGUGUCCCCUGCUGUACCCGACGAGGAUGUUGUCCUGUCUGACUCAGACGGAAAGCCAAAGAUGUAACUUACAUAUGUCCCUUCACCGGUGCUGUGCGAGGUACCCUGACUGUCACCAACUACAGGCUAUAUUUCAAAAGCAUGGAACGGGAUCCCCCAUUUGUUCUAGAUGCUUCUCUUGGUGUGAUUAGUAGAGUAGAAAAAAUUGGUGGUGCUUCUAGUCGAGGUGAAAAUUCUUACGGGCUGGAAACUGUGUGUAAGGAUAUUAGGAAUUUACGAUUUGCUCAUAAACCUGAGGGGCGAACGAGAAGAUCUAUAUUUGAGAAUCUCAUGAAAUACGCAUUUCCUGUCUCUAACAGCCUGCCUCUUUUUGCUUUUGAAUACAAAGAAAUAUUCCCUGAAAAUGGGUGGAAACUGUAUGACUCUGCUUUGGAGUAUAGAAGGCAGGGAAUUCCAAAUGAAAGCUGGAGAAUAACAAGGAUAAAUGAACGAUAUGAACUUUGUGACACAUACCCUGCCCUCUUGGUUGUGCCAGCAAAUAUUCCCGAUGAAGAACUAAAGAGAGUAGCAUCCUUCAGGUCACGGGGCCGCAUCCCAGUGCUGUCAUGGAUUCAUCCUGAAAGCCAAGCCACCAUCACCCGAUGUAGCCAGCCCAUGGUGGGGGUGAGUGGAAAGCGGAGCAAAGAGGACGAGAAGUACCUUCAGGCUAUCAUGGACUCCAAUGCACAGUCUCACAAGAUCUUCAUAUUUGAUGCCCGGCCGAGCGUGAAUGCUGUUGCCAAUAAGGCAAAGGGUGGAGGUUAUGAAAGCGAAGAUGCCUAUCAAAAUGCAGAGCUAGUUUUUCUGGAUAUCCACAAUAUUCAUGUUAUGAGAGAGUCCUUACGGAAACUUAAGGAGAUUGUGUAUCCCAAUAUUGAGGAAACUCACUGGUUGUCUAACUUGGAGUCUACUCACUGGCUAGAACAUAUCAAGCUCAUCCUGGCUGGGGCGCUGAGGAUCGCUGACAAGGUGGAGUCGGGGAAGACUUCUGUGGUGGUGCACUGCAGUGACGGCUGGGACCGCACAGCCCAGCUGACUGCCCUGGCCAUGCUCAUGCUGGAUGGCUACUAUCGAACCAUCCGAGGCUUUGAAGUCCUCGUAGAGAAGGAGUGGCUGAGCUUUGGCCAUCGAUUCCAGCUGAGAGUUGGCCAUGGGGACAAGAACCACGCAGAUGCAGACAGAUCACCUGUUUUCCUCCAGUUCAUCGACUGUGUCUGGCAGAUGACAAGACAGUUUCCUACCGCAUUUGAGUUCAACGAGUAUUUUCUGAUUACCAUUCUGGACCACUUGUACAGCUGUUUGUUUGGUACAUUCCUCUGCAACAGUGAACAACAGAGAGGAAAAGAGAAUCUUCCUAAAAGGACUGUUUCACUGUGGUCUUACAUCAACAGCCAGCUGGAAGACUUCACUAAUCCUCUCUAUGGGAGCUACUCCAAUCAUGUCCUUUAUCCAGUAGCCAGCAUGCGCCACCUAGAGCUGUGGGUGGGCUAUUACAUCAGGUGGAAUCCAAGGAUGAAACCGCAGGAACCCAUUCAUAACAGAUACAAAGAACUUCUUGCUAAACGAGCAGAACUUCAGAAAAAAGUAGAGGAACUGCAGAGAGAGAUUUCCAACCGAUCAACCUCCUCCUCAGAAAGAGCCAGCUCUCCUGCUCAUUGCGUCACUCCUGUCCAGACUGUCGUGUGAAAGGAUGAUGAGGGUGGGGGCAGCACUGCUGCCAAGUCUUCAUUACAGUGGCAGCUUUGAGUAUUCUGAUCUCAUCCAUGGAAAAGUUCAGAUGAGCUGAACUGCAGCAUUAAGGUGGCUUAAGGGAAAUAACAUGGAUUCUGACACUAAUCUGGUCGCCCAAGGAGCAGCAGAACAUGUCACUCCUGCAUCCAGUGGGAACAAAAAGUGCUGUCUUGAAAACUUUGGCAUCUGGUAAGAUCAAAAUACAACUUGAGAUGGGAGAAAGCUUACUGUACAAAGGAAUGAGUUUUCAAACCAAAUCCACACAAAUUCUGAGGCCAAAAUCAUUCGGUAGCCUGGCUCCAGCUUUCCUUGCCUUGUAGUACUGAUUACCUCAUCACCUCCCAACUCUGUAGUAGAAGGCAGAGGCUCAAGGGUAUUACAGCGCAGUAGUGAAAAGUAGCUGUUUACGUUACUUAGGCUUAAGUAGGGUGCUUCAGGUAGCAGUUUCAAAAUGAUGCCUUACGAUGUGCUUCAGGGAGGAUGAAGGGGACAAAGCGGUGGUGCCACCAGGGUUCAGAUUGAUUUCCAUGUGCCCAGUUUUAGGCAGCAUCAUGGAAGACAUUUUGCCUUUUUGCCCCAGCUUUACCUUGAUGCUAAUGGGAAGAUUUAAGGCAAUAUUUAAAAAUCUUAAAAUCAACUUUUACCUGAAGUCUGUGUAAGUAGCUCAUGGUAAAAAAGCACUACGCUCAAAUUGAGGUGUUUUACUACUUCUUUCUAGUGCAAACUAAUCCCACUAACUGACUGAGUCUACCAAAGAACUGCACGUAAAGAUGAGUUACAAUCUCAGUGCUUCACUGUUCACCUGAGAGUUGGGUGCUGGUGUAAACAUUGGACUCCCGAUACGUAUUUACUCUGUGUAAGAGCCAUAUGUAAUGUACUGUAACAAAGGAGCUUCCUGUCCCUUGGUCUUUUAAUUAAAAGAAAC